CUCUUCGCGGGUGGUCUGCCCUACUCUCUCUCCGUCGACGAGCUCAGAGAGGCCUUCACACCCUAUGGCAACAUACUGCGCGUAGCUAUCCCCAAGGACCCAGAGACGGGCGAAUCGCGAGGAUUCGGCUACGUGGAGUUUGACUCUCAAGACUCUGCUCACAGUGCUAUGGAGGCCCUUUCGGGACAAGAGCUUGGCGGACGAACGAUGCGUCUCGACUAUGCGCUGCCACGCGGUCACAGCAAUGGUGAUGGUGGG